AUGAAUCACGUGCAUAAAGUGAGAUUCUUGUAUAAAACAAUCCUUCGGUUGCAUCGCGGCUUGCCAGAGGCUUUGCGAGAGUUGGGGACCAACUACGUUAAAGAUGAAUUCAAAAGACACAAAACAUGUUCUCCAAAUGAGAGCCAACAGUUUAUGAACGAAUGGGCAGAAUAUGCGCUUAAUUUGGCAAACCAGUUAGGAGUUCGAGGAAAGCCAGGGCAUAUUGGAAUGAUUGGAGAGGAUUUGUCCGAUGAUCAGUUAAAUUUCUUCCGAGAAGAACAAAUUGCUCAGCUCUACGAACUGUUGCAAGAAGCCAAACGAUAAUGUUGGAAUGCACACAAACGAUUUUGGCAUCUCUGGAAAAAAGGCAUCACAAUCGAAUUUUUCUUUGAUUUCCGUCAAAUAGACACGGUGACAACGUUCAGAAUCCAUGGCUUCCAUGUAUACGCUGUUUCCGCCUACCACCCAAAUG